AUGUCAGCAGUUGGUCCAAACCCUGGACCUGCAGUCAUGAGUCACGGUAGAGCCUUGGCCAUGUUCGGCCCGCCAGAAUCUCACACCGAGUCGAUGCCCAGGACUGAACGCGAGUAUCGUGAGCGAGACACUCUCAAUCCUCCAACCGUUGCCAUCCUGUCCGAGGAAGAACAGUGGGCUCUGUUCACCAAGGACAAAUGCCUUCCGUACACGGAGAUGCUCGUCAGCGAGUAUGUCAAACGCGUAAAGGCCAAGGCAAACGUUGACAAGACCAAGACUUCUGACUCUUCUCACAAAGAAGAAUCAAGCACUGGAGGUUGGCCAGAUGUUGAGGGUCACGACUAG